CUACCUUGUCUAUAAAGAUGUUCGUUGCUAAACUCGAUAUUGCAUUCAACCUAAACGUUCCGCAUCACACGAAUCGCGAGGAAAUAUUGGUAGUUGCGUGAACGGUGCAUUUCUACGUGGAACGAAGAAUCUUUGUAUCCGACGUGUGUUUAACGAGUGACACUUCACAUCUCGAGACGUUGAGAAGCUAAAAGCAGACAACAGACAGGAUGAAAACUAAAAACAGAUCACUCCUAAGCAAGCUGUUCAAGUGUUACUCCAAAGAGGACGGACAGCUUCAAAGUGCAACAAGUGCAAGUACGUCUGACGAAAAUAUCGACGACAAGAUAAGGGAAGCGUGCAAGGAUCUAGUCCUUUCCGACGAACAGCUCAAACUGGUUAUGGAGAGAUUGACUUAUGAGAUGAAGAGAGGUUUGGGCAAGGAAACUCACAAGGACGCCAUUGUAAAAUGUUUUACAACUUACGUGCAAGAUCUUCCCAAUGGGACUGAAAAAGGUAAUUUCCUGGCUUUGGAUCUUGGCGGUACGAACUUCCGUGUUCUGCUGAUUACUCUGGACGGUCAGAAUUUCGAUAUGAAGAGCAAAAUCUAUGCGAUACCUCAGAGUCUUAUGCUGGGAACCGGUACUCAGUUAUUUGAUCAUAUUGCUCAAUGUCUUGCUCUUUUUAUUAAGGAUCUUGGAAUGCAGGAUCAAGUAUUGCCACUUGGAUUUACCUUUAGCUUCCCUCUCACUCAGCGUGGGCUUACCCAGGGUGAGCUGGUUAGGUGGACCAAGGGGUUUAAUUGUAGCGAUGUCGUAGGCAACGACGUUGUUGCUUUACUGGAAGACGCUAUUGCUAGGAGAAAUGAUGUUAAGAUCGAUGUUUGUGCCAUUUUAAAUGAUACGACCGGUACCCUGAUGUCCUGUGCAUGGAAAAAUAGAAAUUGUCGAAUCGGUCUCAUCGUUGGUACUGGCAGCAAUGCAUGCUAUGUGGAAAAAACUGAGAACGUCCAAUGCGCCAAUCUCAAUGAUUAUGAACGGCAAAAGCCAUAUAUGCUGAUCAAUACCGAAUGGGGUGCCUUUGGGGAGCAGGGUACUCUUGACUUUAUCGUCACAGAAUACGAUCGUGCGAUCGAUGACAAUUCCAUCAAUCCAAAGAAACAAAUUUUCGAGAAGAUGAUAUCCGGAAUGUACAUGGGUGAGCUGGCGAGACUGGUGCUCGAAAAGCUCAUAGAUGCAGGACUUCUAUUCAACGGCAAAUGUCCGACUAAUUUGAAGAAACGUGGUAAAUUCUUCACGAAAUACGUUUCCGAAAUCGAGAGCGAUCCCAAAGGAAAGUACACGAAUUGUCGGCAAGUCCUAGCUGAGCUGGGAAUCAACAAUGCAUCCGAUCAGGACUGUGAAAACGUGAGGUACGUUUGCUCCGUAGUGUCGAGAAGAGCCGCUCAUUUAUCGAGCGCUGGCAUCGCCACUCUCCUUAAUAAGAUGGGAGAGAACAACGUGACCGUCGGAAUCGAUGGUUCCGUUUACAGAUUCCAUCCUCAUUUCCAUGACCUCAUGACCGAAAAGAUUAGCCAGCUGCAAAGCCAUAAGUUCGGCCUGAUGCUCUCUGAAGAUGGUAGCGGUCGUGGUGCAGCGUUGGUCGCUGCCGUAGCAUCGCAAAAGCGGUGAAGACGAUAACGGCGGCGCCGUAUCUACUUAAUAUCGAAAAUUUAGACUAAAUUAUAUAAAGUAACGAUAAAUUGACACAUUUCUGUACAUAGAGCACAAACGUAGCUUAGGUCGUCGGCACAAGGAAAUACCGGCCGAUGCUCGAUUCCUACACGAACUUGAUAUGGAUCUUACCGUUGGUCCUUUUUCAAGCACGCAUGUGAAAAGCUAAAUGGAGUACCAAGCCUUCUUUUAAACAGACUGUAAUGGGAGGAUAGAGACUCGUUCACGGAGAUCGAAAAGAAGAAAACGAAGAUAAUGAAUAACAUUUUUUGUGCCCUCCCGUUCGACAAGAAGAUAUAAAUAUAUAUAGUUCCCGUGCUAACUUUGAAUUCUUGAUAUGAGCCGAUGAAAUAUCUUUGAGACACGGCCAAACUCUCAACUCUAAAAAUAACGUCAUUGAUGGAUUAAGAACGAGAUGGUACGCGAGACACAGAUUGAACUACCAAAAAGCGUAACUGCCAAAACAAAUUCAGAGAGAAUGGAAAGCAUACGUAACGAUCGCACAGUUGGAUUACUAAAACUUUAAGAAAAAAGUAAAUAAUUUCAAAUAGCGUUGUACAUGUGCACUAAAAAAUUAGUUACAGCUACUUAAUUCUUUUGUAAAGGUCGUAGAGCGAAGUUUACUAUUAAUUUAUUUUCCACCGGGUGUUAGCGUGUCUCAGUGUAAAGCGCCCGGUCGUAUCGGGAAGUUCAAACUGAGAAAUACGAAUCAAGGCGAUCGAAGAAACGAACUAAUAGUUUCUCCGGUGAAAUACAAAAAUUCAUGUUGAACGAUUUAUACAUUUACGAACAAUUUAUAUUUAUUAUAUUGCCAUUUUAUCCUAAGGUACAGUAACUGGUACCGCAUGCAGGAGCGAGUGAAUAUAAGGGGACAAUUCGGUGUGUGACACAAUGAAAGAUUGUUUUCCAACAUUCUUAGGCUCAAGGUCGUCAAAUCCAUCACUCACGAGUCUACAGAGAAAAGAAUAAAGUUCAGACUCAUUUGUAUCUACAGAGUGUACUAAGGUAUACUUCGCUGACGUAUUAAUCGAGUUAUGCCACAACGCGGCCCACGUGCACUUUCACCGUUUCAUUAUGAAACUUGCGCCUGCCCAUUUAUUAACUUUUCAAGCACGCGGCAAUAGGUUUUUCUACCUCGACGCGAUACGAGGACACCACAUAAAGACGAUGUCCGCGAGUGAAUGCGUUGUACGCCUGAGAAUGUGUGAUGCGCGGGAUUAUUUUAAAGAAAAGUUGUACUGUUUUCUAGCAUAAUCGAGAAUAACCUCGUAGUGUUAUAGAGAAAAGGAAGAGAAAGAAAGAAAUUCUGCGCGUAAGGAAUAGUGUCCCCGCGUAUACGUAUACGUAUGUGUGUAUGGCCGUGUUGUGUGUGUGUGUGAGGGUAGGGAAAAAAAAGAAAAUUGAGGGAGACGAUUGGCGUGGGGAAAGAGAAGGAGAGUGAGAGAGAAACAGAGUAUCCGUGAGUCCGUGUAAAGAGAAGAUGAAAAAAACGAAAUGAUAUGAAAAUUAUUCGAUUGUUCCCCGCCUCUCUAUUACAAUUCAUUAUCUGCGAUGUGAUAAAACGUUACGAGUGAUAAACUGAAUACACAUACCGCCGGCAUAAAAUGUUUACAUGAUAA